AUGGCAAAGACAGUCCCUCGAGUCCUGGUCCUCGGUGGCCACGGGAAAGUGUCCCUUUUCCUGCAGCCGCUACUCCUGGCCAAGCAGUGGCAUGUUACCAGUCUGGUGCGAAACCCUGACCAAGAAGCUGAAAUCCUAGCCCUGGGCAAGGGCAAAGCAGGCACGAUCGAUGUGCUGGUCGACAGUCUGGAUGAUGUGCAGGACCCAUCCCGAGCGCAGCGCGUGCUAGAUAAGGUCAAACCGGAUAUUGUGGUUUGGUCGGCUGGCGCCGGCGGGAAAGGAGGUCCAGCCCGGACCCGGGCGGUGGACAUGGUCGCGGCCAAGGCGUAUAUCAGCGCCGCCCUCGCCAUGCCCAGUGUUUCCAAAUUUCUCAUGGUCUCCUACCUCGCCUCUCGUAGAGGCUAUCCACCCUGGUGGACGGAGGAGGACCGGAAGGCGGCAGAUCAUGUCAAUAGCACCGUCCUUCCUGACUAUUACCAGGCCAAGGUUGAGGCCGACGAGCACCUUGAAGCUUUGGCGAAGAAACGAUGGGACGGCGGCGACAAGACCUUCCAGGCCAUCAACCUCCGACCGGGAAUGUUGACGGAUGAUGCCGGAACCGGCCGAGUCACUUUAGGAAAAACGCCAGCAACCGGCCAUGUGUCUCGUGAGGAUGUCGCUGCCGUUGCUGCCGCACUUCUUUCACGGAACGACACUCGCGGAUGGUAUGACCUAGUCGAGGGCGACGUGCCAAUCGAAGAGGCCAUCGACCAGCUCGUGAAGACUGGCUUCGACGGGCUUGCAGGAGAAGACCUGGAACGCAUACACGCCAGAGCGGUGUAA